GCUCAGUGGUAGAUUGGGAUAUCAGUACAACAGCAUUGGAAGCAACCAUGGGUUCAUCAUCUUCAACAACCAAACCUAAAGUUAAUGUAGUUAGGUUUCCGAGUGAUGGUAGCAUGAAAUCUUUAACGUGGAGCGAAGAUGGCGACCAAGAACUAGAGCUAGAAGUUCAAGCAAAAGAAAUCGAAAAGUUGAAGAAAGAAAACAAACAAUUACUUGAAGAGGUGGUAAAACUUAAGAAAAAGAUUGACCAGUUAACCCUGGGUGUUGAAGUAACUGAGGGUCUUGACAGUUUAAAUCAGGAACAUGCAAAACCAGUGGGUGAUAAGAAUAACAUUAAACAUAUUGAGGUGAAUGGAAAUCGUCCUGUAGCUGGUGAUCAUGUGGUGGCUAUGUGGGGACAAAGCAAAUGGCAAUACUUCACAGCCACCAUAAUAAGCUUCAACCCCAAUUCACUGAAGUACACGAUUGAAUGGGAUGAUCAAGAUCCAACAGGUCGGGUGAUCGACUAUUUUAAUCUCGCUAUUGAUAAAGUUCCUUCUAAUGACCAAGUUGGGGUUGGAUCGAAAGUUCUUUUCCACCAAGGAAAAUACAAACAAAGUGAAGUUCAUGGAGUAACAAGAAGUGGUGGUCUACGCUGGCACCAGGGGGAGAUAGAGAGAAUAUACAAGGAUCAAGAUGGAAAUACAUUGUAUGAUGGCCAUCACACAAGAGGAGAGAAAGAUGGAAAAUGGGUGACAUUCAAGGAUUACAGUUUCCAAUUCAUUGGAUAUUCGAUUGAAGAUUUCCGAAUGCCUCCAAAUGUUUUUGAUAUUCUCUCCUCGAUUGAUUCUGGUCCUACUGCUCAAUCGAAACCUGCAAAAACUCAAGUCAAGAAAAAGGUUGCGAACCAAAUAGAAGAUUCUAUCGAUGUUUUUGUGUCGUACGCAAAAAUAAAUUGUCCCUCAGCCAUACAGAAUAAUGAGAUGGACCAACCACCAAGUUACAGAGAAGCUGUGUUGGAUAUUAUGGUGGAUCCACGGAAUAUUGUGGAGCAAUUAAAAAAAAUGGGUGUCAGUGUUUUCACAAUGGAGGAAGAAACCGACAACUCAUUGUUGGAGAUUGUUGGCGCCCUCAAGCGAGUAAAAGUAUUCAUCGCUUGUUUAAGUGACGAAUACGCAAGCAAUGAUCGAUGUAGGAUGGAGUUUCAAUACGCAAAGAAAACAAUGAAACUACCAGUUAUUCCUCUUGUGGUAGGAUCUGGUUCAUUUGAGUGGCAGAUGACAGUAGUUGGGCUUCUGAUCGCAGGCGAGCUUUAUAUCCAUUUCCAGAACAAAGAAGUUGAGUCUUAUAAGAUGACAGAGCUGGCACGUAGCAUCAAGAGUAAGAUCCCAGGUAUCAAGAUCAAAGAUGUGAGUCAUCCAGCAACAGGAGCAGGAGUGAUGGAUCUUUAUUCAGAACAAGGAGUUGGAGUUACAGGCAAACCUGUGAUCUCCGGUACAGCUGACAUUUUCUUCAGUUACUGCUGGAACAACUCCCAUGAUGCUCAUCAGAAGAAACAAGUUUCCUCUUACCAGGGAGGAGAAUGGUCGGAUCCUAGAUUGAUCGUGAAGAAGAUCUCGGAGGAACUUGGAAUCGCAUCCUGGAUCGAUGUAGAGAGGCUUGAGAGCGCAAAUGAAGGGAUGGGAAUGUUUGAUCAAAUUGCUACUGCGCUCAAAGAAUGCAAGGUGGCUGUGGUUUGCAUUAGCACUGAAUAUGCUAACAGUGAUAAUUGUAGAAUGGAAAUUCAAUUUGCUGUAAAAUCACUGAAGAAACCUGUAGUAGCUGUUAUUGUUGGUACUGGAGAUGAUUGGAAGGAAGGCGUGAUUGGUAACAUCGUGGAUGAAGGAAUUCCAACAGUGGAUUUACAAUCUGUAACUUCUGCUGGGGAACUGGAAGUAAAGAUAUUGGAAAUAUCAAAAGCAAUCCAGGAUCGGAUUUCUUUAUCAACAAAUCCAUCUAUGACAUCACAAAACCAAGUGUUAGCAACAAAAGGAUCACCGGAGCGUAACCGAGCACCCAAGUGUGGUGAUCAUGUGAUUUGCUUGCACCAGAAUUGGGCGUAUUAUAAAGCUACGGUGGAAUCAUUUGAUCAUAGUACAAUGACUUACACAGUUAACUGGGAUGACAAUGAUCCAAGUGAAAGAGUCCAAUCUUAUAAGGAUGUUGCGCUAGAUAUUGAGCCUGUUGAUGAUAUUGCUGUGGGGUCGAUAGUAGUGUUCCAACAGGGGUCGUAUGCGGGUACUGAGGGUAACAACGAGGGUGGAGUGAGGUAUCAUCAGGGGAUAAUUACCGGUGUACAUAUUGAUGAAGAAGGAGUGAAAAGGUUCAGUGGUAAACAUACUAAAGGGGUGAGUGACGACAAGUGGGUGACAUAUAGUGGGUACAACCCCACUUUUGAAGGGGUGACUACAACAGAAUUACGAUUAUCACCAAAUGCUAUGGAUGUUGUUGUGAGUGGAUUGUAAGGUUAAAACAUACCCACCAAAGUUAUGGUUGGCCUUGCAGUGUAUGUUGUUGCAUGUUUACUUUUUAUACAAUCCCCUAUUUCAUAUACAAAGCACUUAUAUUUUUUAUGCAGUUAAAAAAAUUAUUUUUGUAUAUUUUGUUAAAAAUAAAAUACUUUUUAUAGUUUUUUUAUUUUUAUGCGGUUAAAUAAAGGUAUUUUUGUAUAUUUUGUUAAAAAUAAAACAUAUAUUUUAUAGUUUUUUUUUAAUCUUAAGUUGAACCUUUUGUUAAUAUAUAGUCAUGUAAUAAACCAGAUAUGUAAACC